CAAAAUGGCGGAAUUCGACUUGACGAAAAAUAUUUCCCCGUAUUUAGACCGGCAUUUGGUCUUUCCCCUUCUUGAAUUUUUAUCAGUAAAAGAGCUUUACGAUGAGAAAGAAAUGUUAAAGGGGAAACUAGACCUGUUGAGUAACACCAACAUGGUCGACUUUGCUAUGGAUGUCCAUAAAAACCUCUACCCGGACCAAGACGUUCCCAAGACUUUACGAGACAAGCGUGGAGAUGUGGUGUCUGACCUUAAGAAAUUACAGGCUGAUGUUGAACCCAUCACAAAGAUCUUCGAGGAUCCAGAAGUGUUACGUCAAAUCCAGACUUCAAGGGAUGGGCGACAGUUGUACGAAUUCCUGUCAAAGAAUCACGGGUUUCAAGUGGAGUACCUUGAUACGCUGUACAGAUUUGCCAAGUUCCAGUAUGAGUGUGGCAACUAUUCGGGAGCAGCCGAGUACCUCUACUUUGUCAGGGUGUUGAUUCUACCCAAUGACAAGAACUAUUUGAAUGUGCUAUGGGGUAAACUAGCAUCAGAAAUCCUGAUGCAGAACUGGGAGACGGCCCUUGAGGAUUUGACAAGGUUGAAGGAUGUGAUCGAAGGAAAUGUGGGGACCUUUGGAUCAGCUCUCCAGUCAUUACAACAGAGGACGUGGUUUAUCCACUGGAGUUUGUUUGUUUUCUUCAAUCAUCCAAAAGGCCGUGAUCUGAUUAUUGACAUGUUCCUCUAUCAACCAUCCUACCUGAAUGCCAUUCAGACGUUGUGUCCCCACAUCCUCCGUUACUUGACCACAGCUGUCAUCACCAACAAGAGGAGAAGAACUGUACUCAAGGAUUUAGUCAAAGUUAUUCAACAGGAAUCCUACACAUACAGAGACCCCAUCACUGAGUUCUUAGAAUGCCUCUACGUGAACUUUGACUUUGAUGGUGCCCAGCAGAAAUUGAGAGAAUGUGAAACGGUUCUUCUGAACGACUUCUUCUUGGUCGCCUGUCUGGAAGAUUUCAUAGAAAAUGCACGUCUUUUCAUCUUUGAGACCUUCUGUCGGAUACAUCAAUGUAUUAGUAUAAACAUGUUGGCCGAGAAGUUGAACAUGACCCCUGAUGAUGCUGAAAGAUGGAUCGUCAAUCUCAUCAGGAAUGCCCGAUUAGAUGCAAAGAUUGAUUCAAAACUAGGUCACGUUGUGAUGGGAACCCAGGCCGUCUCGCCGUAUCAACAAGUGAUAGAGAAGACCAAGGGUCUGGCGUUCAGAUCACAGAUGUUGUCGAUGAACAUUGAGAAGAAGCAUGGGCAGAAAAACAAACAAGCGGAUCAGGAUUCUAACCGUGAAUGGGGCGGCCCAGAAUUCUAGACGUUACGAGUUUCCGAUUUCGUCAGUUGUCAGCCAAGUGGAAAAUAGUGUUGAGACAUCAGUGAAUUCAUAUAAUCAGAUCAUAUUGUAUGCUGUGGUGAUAGUCAUCUAACAAGCGGUGGGACUAUUAAAUACUGAGGAGGACAAUUACAUAUAGCCUGUGUAUUUAUACCUUUAUCAUGUAUCUUGGUGUUUACAAGAUCAAAAAUAAAUAUAUGAAAUACAAUUGGAAA